AUGUUGAACGCUUUGUUUUUGUCCACUCACAUUUUCUAUUUUGCGACCCCAGGGGCUAAAUAUCCUAGGUCGAAACCACCACGUCGAGGCAUCGCCGUUGUUUGCACUUUGCUCUACUUGCUUCUUUUGAGUUUGGGUAGAGGGUGUGAAGCCCAUUUGAAUAGUCUUAACUGUUGUGCAUGCCUUUACCUUGUGCAUGUUGGAAGUUGGGUUGUUCUGGGGCUUGUUUGCAAGUAUUGUAAAUUGGGAAAAGUUCCACUUACAGGGUAG